AUGGAAGACAAUGAGGGUCAGGUCAUAUUUGUUAAAGCUCCGGAAGAUCGUUGGUGUGAUCGCAAGGCCAGGUAUGCGAGCGUCAACCCGGAGGGAAAGAAGAACCCCAUCCUGCUCAUCCAUGGCUUUGGAGCAUCGAUCGAACACUGGAGAGACAACGUGGAGCAGCUCGCGGCCGACAGGCCGGUGUAUGCCAUCGACCUUCUCGGGUUUGGCUUCUCUGAGCAGCCUGACUUCAAUGUGUGGGGGGGGCACGUCUGGGCUGCGCAGAUCUGCGAUUUCAUCAAGGAAGUGAUCCUUCCUGCUUCCUUCAGCAAGCAAGUCAUCUUGGCUGGAAACUCUCUGGGAGGAUAUUCCGCCAUGUUGGCAGCAGGUAAUGCAGGCGCCAGCAUCGGGGGCCUUGUGCUGGUGAACUCCGCAGGCCCCCUGGCAGAAGAUGGAAAUGUCGAGCCGUACGCGGGUCUCCCGCAGGACAGCAUCCUCUCAGAGAUGGAUGCUCCUGCGCCUCCAUACACGCUGGUGGAUCGUGUGCAAGAGCUGAUCAAGCGCAUGAUCUCCUUUGGAGGAUUCCUCCUGACGAGAGAGGCAAGGAUAGCAUCCACACUGGCGCUGGUCUACACUGAUGACAAGUCGAGGAUCGAUGACGAUCUCGUUGAUCUGAUCAAGAGGCCAGCUCUCCAACCCAAUGCCUUUGAAGUCUUCUUCCAGACGACCAUCGGAGGAAGGGGAGGCAAGAGAUAUGUGACGGUCAACACUCUCUCGAAUUUCGUGGAGGCGAGGAAGAUUCCUACUUUGCUUCUAUGGGGCGAGAACGAUCCAUGGAUAACCAAGUCAAGGGCAGACAGAACACUACAGCUCAUGCCCUCUGCCGAGUACAUUGGCUUGAAGGCUGGGCACUGCCCUCAUGAUGAAGUGCCGCAGUUGUUCAAUGAGAAACUCUUGGGUUGGCUAACAGCAAAGAGCAUGUAA